AUGGCGGCCAUGGCGGUGGCCAAGGCUACGGCCAAUACGAUCCAUAUGCUUCCCGACCAGACAACAGAUACAAUAGCGAUGUCGAAGCCGGUGCUGGUGCGGUUGCUGGUUAUGGGCUACGUUCAAUCAGGUGGCGAUAGGCAUGCGAUCCUGAACCAGUGCAGAGAUAUCGAGCGUGGUAUAGAUGAUGUGGACGGGUACAUUGAACAGAUCAAGGGCCUCUACAGACGCUUGCUCAGCGAUGCGGACCCCGCUCGGGAAAAUGCUAUUCGUGCAGAGGCAGACGAGCUGGCUAGCGAGACGAAACGCCUCUAUCAGAAUCUCAUCCAGCGCAUGAAAGCCAUAAAACAGUCCCCCGGAUCCGGAGAGACCAUGAACACUGCUCAGAUCGGAAAGGUCGAGAGACGUCUCAAGGCCGCCAUCACAAACUACCAACGCGUGCAGUCGGAUUUCCGCAAGGGCUUGGAGGCGCAGAUGGCAAGACAGUACAGAAUUGUGCGGCCUGAUGCUACUGAUGCGGAAGUCAAAGAAGCCGUCCAAGACCCUUCGAACCAGCAAAUAUUUAGCCAGGCACUUAUCCAAAGCGAUCGACGCGGCGAUGCCCAAAAGGUUUCUCAGAUAGUCCGUGCCAGACACGACGAGAUUUUGAAGAUUGAACGGGAUCUGCUCGAGUUGGCACAGAUGUUCCAGGAUCUUGACACCCUGGUUGUCCAGCAAGAAGCUGCUGUCGAAAGGAUCGAUCAACAAGCCGAAGAUGUCAACGCUAAUAUGCAAAAAGGUAACGAGGAAAUUACCGGCGCCAUCGCAAAGGCACGCGCUCGCAACAAGAAGAAGUGGAUCUGUCUGGGCAUUGUUGUUCUUAUCAUCCUUGUUCUCGCCCUUGUCCUCUCACUCUAUUUCACCGUUGGACCUGGCGGCAAUAAGAAAGCCUAA